GUAACCCAAGAAACCUGAUCCAGCGGGCUCUCGGGCACUCUGUCUCAGUUUGCAGCACUGAGCGGUGAAGGCACAGAGGAGCCGAACACUUUUGAAGGACACUAAAAAACGGAGAGAAACAGGAGAGCUCGCGGCGCGUCCUCUCCAGUUUUUACGCGCAGCCCUCCCGAGCCGGAGCCGGAGACGUUCCGCCUGCCCUGCCUCGUCUCAAAGCAGAAACAACGGGAAAACUAAAGGCACCAUGGAAGACAAAUCCAAUUCAUUCUCCAGCAACAAGGAGGAGAAGGCGGAUGGGAAUAAUGUUUUUCAGAGGCAAGACUCCAUACAGAAGAACAACACGGGCAGCCAGAACAUGAAGGACCACGGCAACUCCGUGGGCUUCAAGGGGGAGCGCGAAGAGGCCAUGGUGGGCUUUGACGAUCUGGAGGGGGCGUCCAGGCAACACGGUUUCAUGCAGCGGCAAUUUGGGGCCAUGAUGCAGCCCGGAGUCAAUAAGUUCUCCCUGCGUAUGUUCGGCAGUCAGAAAGCCGUGGAGAAAGAGCAGGAGAGGGUCCAAACGGCCGGAUACUGGAUCAUUCAUCCAUAUAGCGAUUUUAGGUUCUACUGGGACUUGAUAAUGCUCAUCAUGAUGAUGGGGAAUCUAAUCAUCAUUCCUGUGGGAAUAACCUUCUUCUCAGAGCAGACCACCACCACCUGGCUGGUGUUCAACGUGGCCUCGGACACAAUCUUCCUCGUGGACCUGGUCAUGAACUUCAGGACGGGGAUCGUCAACGAGGAGAGCUCCGAGAUCAUUCUCGACCCCAAGAUCAUCAAGAUGAAUUACCUGAAGAGCUGGUUCGUUGUGGACUUCCUCUCCUCCAUUCCAGUGGAUUAUAUCUUUUUAAUAGUUGAGAAAGGUUUUGACUCGGAGGUUUAUAAAACGGCCCGCGCCCUGCGAAUCGUCCGCUUCACCAAGAUCCUCAGCCUCCUGCGUCUGUUAAGACUGUCCCGACUCAUCAGAUACAUACAUCAAUGGGAGGAGAUUUUCCAUAUGACCUAUGACCUGGCUAGUGCAGUGGUAAGAAUAUUUAAUUUGAUAGGGAUGAUGCUGCUUCUGUGUCACUGGGAUGGCUGUCUACAGUAUCUGGUGCCUCUCCUCCAAGACUUCCCUCCCGACUGCUGGGUGUCCCUAAAUGGUAUGGUUAACGUGUCCUGGGGUAAGCAGUACUCUUACGCCCUCUUCAAAGCUAUGAGCCACAUGCUGUGCAUCGGGUACGGCGCCCGGGCGCCCGUUAGCAUGUCUGACCUGUGGAUCACCAUGCUGAGUAUGAUAGUAGGAGCCACUUGCUAUGCCAUGUUUGUGGGUCAUGCUACUGCUCUAAUCCAAUCACUGGACUCCUCGCGCAGGCAAUACCAGGAGAAGUACAAACAAGUGGAGCAAUACAUGUCCUUCCACAAGCUUCCAGCAGACAUGCGACAGAAAAUUCACGACUACUACGAACAUCGCUACCAAGGCAAAAUCUUUGACGAGGACAAUAUCCUGAGUGAACUCAACGACCCACUCAAAGAGGAAAUUGUCAACUUCAAUUGUCGUAAGCUUGUGGCCACCAUGCCUCUGUUUGCCAACGCCGACCCCAACUUUGUGACGGGGAUGCUGAGCAAGCUGAAGUUCGAGGUCUUUCAACCCAACGACUACAUCAUCCGGGAGGGCACGGUCGGGAAGAAGAUGUAUUUCAUUCAGCACGGCGUCGCAAGCGUCAUCACCAAGUUCAAUAAGGAGAUGAAGCUGACGGAUGGAUCAUAUUUUGGAGAGAUCUGUCUGCUCACCAAGGGCAGACGAACGGCUAGCGUGAGGGCGGACACCUACUGUCGACUCUUCUCUCUCUCCGUCGACCACUUCAAUGAGGUGCUAGAGGAGUACCCCAUGAUGCGACGUGCUUUCGAAACCGUCGCCAUCGACCGACUGGAUCGCAUCGGGAAGAAGAACUCCUUGCUGCUGCAGAAGUUCCAGAAGGAUCUGAACGCCGGCGUUUUCAACACGCAGGAGAACGAGAUAUUGAAGCAGAUUAUCCGUCAGGACAGGGAGAUGGUGAUGAUGGUGGACCGCAAACAAUCGGUCACCGGGAUGAACUCAACACCAAUGUCAGGAAACUCCAUCAUUAACUCACCAGCCCAGCCGCCCUUCGCUGCCUUUGGCACCAAUCAGCUCCAGCAGUCCUCAGUACCCCUGACCUUCAGUGCUUCAGCUAUAGCCAAUGCCUCCGCUGCCCGCAUGCUGCCUGCCGCUGCCGCUGCCGCAGCGCAGGGAAUUUACCCCGCACCCAGUGUUUCCCAUGGCAACCUGAGUUCUUCCUCGGCCAACCCACAGACCCCGCUGCAGCAGCAGGGAGCGAUCAUGUCGCCCUGCUCCUUCACGGCUGCCAUGUGCAGUCCGCCCGUGCAGACCCCUAUGGCAAGCCGGAGCUUCCAGUACGGCUCACGCACAGCCUCCCAGCUGUCACUCAUCCAGCAGCCCCUUGCCCAACCAUCUCUAUCAACACAGCAGCAGCUUGCUCAGCAGCCCGCUGUGUCAACUGCAGCUGCAACCUCUGCAGCGCAGCAGCAGCAACAGCAGCCGUCGCCUCAGCAGGUCCCUUCACCUCAGCGGGGAGACAUGCACAAGAGCACACAGGCUCUUCAGUCAGGCAGCUUGAGUCGAGAUGUCCGACACUUAUCGGCCUCCCAACCGUCACUGCCACAUGACACAUCUCUGGGGCCCAGGGUGCACCCAGCCUCAGGAGACUCUCUGGCCUCCAUCGUACCACCAACAGCAGCAGCGAUCCAGGGAAUGAAUCUGCAGAGUGGAAUCCGCACCACGGUGCCCCAGCGGGUCAACUUGUUCCGGCAGAUGUCAUCAGGAGCUCUGCCCCCAGUUCGCUCAGCCACGGCAGCGGCGGCGGCGGCAGCAGUGGCAGCAGCAGCAUCUUCAUCCUCAACCCAGCACAGGGAAUCCCCCGGAUCGAGGAGAGAUUCUGUCCUGAGCAGUACGGAGACUGAGCAAGACAAAAUGCGUUUUGCAUCAAAUUUAUGAUCCCAUUUUUGUUCCCCCUUUUCAUUUUUUAAACUUAAACAUGUUUGGAGAUACAGCAAAAGAGAUGAAAAUGAGGAACUCCAGCAUUUUUGUUUCUCUCCGGUUUUCUUCUAAAAUAACCUCAAAGAAUUCCUGUACAUACAAGCCCUUGUAUUAUAUUUUAGACACAUUGUCUCCCUAAACUUAAGAAUGUAUAUUAUACAGACACAUCUGUUUCUUUUACGCCAUAUUAAUCAUUUAUAUAUAUAAAUAUAUGCAGCUAUACACGUACAUACAAAUAUACAUGUAUAUGUAUGUAUGUAUGUAUGUAUAGCUGUGUGGAUGGAUGAUGUGUGCGAGUGUGUGUGUGUAUAUGACUGUGUAUAAAAUCCAACUACAAUAUUUGGCAAUGGCAAUUUAAAAGCUGUAGUAUAAACAUCAGUCUUCCUUUCUGACAAAUAUAAAGAAUUAUAUAUGAUGUAAUUUUUUUUUCUUUUCUUUUUUUGCUUUCUUUUUUAAAACUGGAAUGCAUUGUGGAUUACGACAAUGAGUUUUGUUUUUUACCACUGAAGAAGAGGAAAAUCAUCUUCUCCUAUUAAGAAGCUUUAGGCACCACUGUGGAAUAAUAAGUGCGAGCAACUCUGAUGAAUAAUCUCAGAAAGCACACGUAAAAAUAAAUCUCACACGCUGAUUUCCUGAACCUCCAUCCCAGAAACCAACGAAUACUGUAACUAAGUGUUAUGUUGCUUUCAGCGAUGAGAUAUCCAGUCUGCUGAGCUGCUAUAUCCCCACAGCGGCUCGCAAACAAACUCUUGACAGUGUUAUGGGUCAAAAGGGAAUAGAUAAUAGAAAUGCUGAUUUCUGUAUUUUUUAGUUUGGAGUGUGGAGAAAGAUAUGGAUGGAUGCUAUUGUUUUUCUAUUUCUGAUUUCAGAUGGCUGAGAUGUUAUGUAACGUUGCUUAAAAAUUCUGUGUAUAUUUAUAAUAUUUAUAAACUAAAGAUUAUCACCAUUAUGCAAUAGACUGUGACAUAAAGAUUACCUAUAUGUGUGCUGUAAAUAGUUUUGUAGAGCUAGUAUUUACAGAUACUGUGUGGUGCAUUCUCUAUCAUAACAAUGUCUUACUUCUAACAGGAACCUGGAUCAUCUAUAUGAGACAAAAAGGUUAAGAGACAAAAAUACGUACGUUUCAUAAGAGAUAGACAAACCUUAAUGCAAUAGCUAGCACAACUUAAUGGUGAGAAAUGUCUGAUCGGAGGACAUUUAAUAAUCCCCCCCUCUCUCUGUAUACUACCCCUAGCUCUACUAUCGUUUUUAACACAUCAAGUGAACAACAAUAUUUACCUUCAUUCACAUCGUCCUAUUGAGAGUAAACACGUCUUUUCUUUGUUGCCUCACUUCCUCAAAAGCAACUCAUUUUAGGAAUGAUUAUUUUGGUUUUAAAAGUCAAGCUGAUUAUUUUAUGAAAUGGAUUAUUCAAGGACAGGCUCACGUUUUUUACGUAUUUAAUUUAGAUUUCAGUGCUUGCUCAUCUGCUUCUUGAGUCAAACUGUACUUUACGCUCUCACAUCACAAUUACUGUAAUUGAACAGCCUGGCCUCAAAGACGUCAGGUUUCCAGUUUCUCAAGUGUGUAGAGGGGUUAGAAUCUUCACUGAGGUCAUUCUGUGCCUCUGCAAGUUUGGGAGGGGGGUGAACGCUGGUUUGCAUUAAGGUUUCUCUCUCAUGUAAAUCCAUUACAUGGGCUUAGCCACUCUCAACUGACCCAGACUGACGCUCAGAGGGGGAAGCAAGGUCAAGCCAGAAUACUGUGACUCACUCUAUUAAAAAAAAAAAAAAAGAAAAAAAAAAAAAAAAAAGGAUUUCAAAUAUUUUAAUCUUAUAAUAGCUAAAGUAUUUGAUGACUCUGCAGCCAUUACGGCUAACAGGUCAUUUUCCUGCACACACUGUUGAUUGUACAUCGUGCUCAAGCCCUCCCUGUCUGUGUUCUGUCAUUUCACUACUUCUACGUAGAGUCAUAGUUUUCACGGCACCAUCAGUUCGGAGUGACUAAGCCCUCGGUCGGUGAUGACGGUAUUUUAUGAAGACCUCGAGUCUUGGCUCCAGAUUAUGUCGAUAGUGUACUGAUACAGCCGAUCCACCAGUUGUCAUGAAAGCAUGCACUGUCACAAAUACUUAAAAGAAAAAAAGAUACUAUCUCAAAAAUGUUGACGUUAAAUGUUAAUGUUAGAUUACGUUUCGUUCGCUGUCCGUCUGCCUAGACUCUGUGUGUGUGAACAGAAGCAUCGACUCUUCACAUGGACAUUCUUAAGUAUUCGUGCCUAAACUAUAGCCAUGUUCCAUCCUUCGUUAAGCGUGCAAGCUCGUUGCGUGCGGGGGGAUGGGGGGGCACUUCCUGCACACGACCGCCUGUUCAUUUUUACUAUACUCUACGUGUUCUAUGUCUCAGUGUUUUUAGACGGGGAAGGAGCAAGCGAUGAUGAUGGCCAAAUGUCUCCGUUUAUCCAAUUGGUACCUUUUUAACUUACAAUGUGAACUUCUAUCUAGAGCCAGGUUUUUUUUUCUUCCUUAAGUUCUCAGUCAAGCUAUUUAGGAUAUUUAAUGAAGUUGUGUACAGUUUAAAAGUAAAAAAAAAAAAAAAAGUGCAAUCUUUAGACUUUGCAGUCAGGUCACACUCAAAAUUGGGAGAACCUUUAUAUGUUUCUUUGUCACGAGUCGCUGAUGUUUGGAUUGAAUAUUGAUGCGUGGAAGGAAAACUGGCCAAAGCAAAACAUUCUGAGUCAUUGUCUUUGUUAUUUAAAUUGCACUUUCUGAUAAUUUAAAGAAGGAAAAACAAAAGAAAAGGGAGGGAUUCUUUCAGCAAGAUUUAGAGAUGUUGAAUGAGUCCGAAAGGGAGCAACAUCCCCGAGAGUUCGUGCUGCC